AUGUUAAAUGAUGUCAUAUCCUUGCUCGUGGGAUUAUGGGCCGUCAAGGUCGCCAAUCGCGAAACGACGUCGAAGAUGUACACUUAUGGAUGGCAACGCGCAGAAACUCUCGGUGCACUGGUGAAUGGCGUUUUCCUUGUCGCUCUGUGCAUGUCCAUCUUCCUAGAAGCCAUACAAAGACUGGUGGAACCUCAGGAGGUGAAGAACCCGAAGCUGGUUUGCGUUGUCGGUUGCAUGGGCCUACUGUCCAACAUUGUUGGCCUUGUUUUGUUUCAUGACCAUUCCCAUGGCCAUGGCCACAGCCAUGGAGAGGCUCUCGAGGAAGUCGAAGAGGUCAAUGCCGCGGAGCAAGGCUAUAGUCCCCAUCAGAUCAGCGAUUUUGCUACCGUUGAUAAGCGGCAAGCUGUAGUAAAUAACGACUCGCAGUCAAUUACUGAAUCCCUAUCUCCCUAUUCUCGAAGACGCCGAACUAUCGACAGCCAGCACCGUGGCUCCCGUCGAUACAGCAACGCUACCCCCCGAGGUUUUGUUGACGUCGAGGAUAUCCAAGUGCAUCCAGCGACCUUGAGGCAAGAAAUCAUCGCGGCUAGUCGCAACCAGUUUGUGGAGACCGAGGAUUCAUCCGAAUCAGAGUCCGACCAGCAAGAAGCCGGGAGGGGAAUUGAGCCGUCAGAACGGUCGUCGCUUCUGCAAAAUAAGGAUCGGGCCCGUAACUACACCGAUGAAGAUCACACUCCCAUCCGAGUGACAGAUCAAGCGGCUGAUGACGACAUCCACAAAUCACACAACCACGCCCAGCCUAAACCAAAGGAGAGUGGUCAUGGGCAUCACGAUCUGAACAUGAGAGGCGUUUUCCUCCAUGUGAUGGGCGAUGCUCUAGGCAAUAUCGGCGUUAUUGCUUCGGCUCUCGUGAUCUGGCUGACAGACUAUUCAUGGCGGUUUUAUGUAGAUCCUGGCAUUUCCCUGAUCAUUACGGUCAUCAUUCUUGCUUCUGCAAUUCCACUCUGCAAAGCCGCGUCGAGGAUCCUCUUACAAGCGGCCCCUCCCGGGAUGAGCAUUGAUCACAUUAAGGAAGAUAUUGAAAGAUUGCCCGGUGUGAUCGGCUCUCAUCACCUCCACGUGUGGCAACUAAGUGACACAAAAAUUGUCGCGUCGAUCCAUAUCCAGGUUGACACCGAAAUCAAGGGUGAGGGCUCCGAGCGAUACAUGCUCCUUGCGAGACAAGUGCGAAAGUGCUUACAUGCCUACGGAAUCCACUCCUCCACCAUCCAGCCCGAAUUCGCUCCGGAGAGUGAUGUGGAGGAUUCUACGGCUGUUGCAUCUAAUUCUCGUGGAAGUAGUGCCGCCCCGUCCGCGCCAAAUAAUGUGCCAAAUCGGACCGACAGUAUUCGGGAUGGGGAUCCUCGGGCAUGUCUUCUCGAAUGCGGCGAAGAGUGUGCCCAGAGAGGCCAGUGCUGUCCCAAGACGUCGACGUAA